CAAAUAUUUAAUCCACACCAACAUUCUUUCUUCCUUUCUCCCUUCCCACCCCCUCAUCAAAUUAUAAUAUAUUUUACAUCAUGUUCGCCGCAAGAAGAGCAUUGACUGGAGCAGUCCAAACCAGAGCUUUCUCUGCUUCUGCUAGAGAUCUCUCCAAGGUUACCGUCCUCGGUGCUGCUGGAGGAAUUGGACAACCAUUGUCCCUUCUCCUCAAGUUGAACCCCCGCGUUACUGAUUUGGCUUUGUACGAUAUCCGUGGAGGUCCAGGUGUCGCAGCUGAUAUUUCCCACAUCAACACCAAGUCCAAGGUUACCGGAUAUGAGCCAACACCAACUGGUCUCGCCUCUGCUCUCAAAGAUGCCGAAAUCGUCUUGAUCCCAGCUGGUGUUCCACGUAAACCUGGUAUGACUCGUGAUGAUCUCUUCAACACCAACGCAUCCAUUGUUCGCGAUCUCGCAAAGGCUGCUGCUGAGUCUGCACCAAACGCCAACAUCCUCGUUAUCUCCAACCCAGUUAACUCAACUGUUCCAAUUGUUGCCGAGAUCUUCAAGGCCAAGGGAGUUUACAACCCAAAGAGACUUUUCGGUGUUACCACUUUGGAUGUUGUCAGAGCUAGCAGAUUCGUUAGUGAGAUCAAGAAGUCCGACCCAGCCGAUGAGAACAUUGUCGUUGUUGGUGGACACUCUGGCGUUACCAUUGUUCCUCUUUUCUCUCAAUCAUCCCACCCAGAUCUCGUCGGUAACGAGAACCUUCUCAAGCGUGUUCAAUUCGGUGGUGAUGAAGUCGUUCAAGCUAAGGACGGUGCUGGAUCUGCUACCCUCUCCAUGGCUAUGGCUGGUGCCCGUAUGGCCGAAUCUUUGUUGAAGGCUUCCCAAGGAGAGACUGGUGUUGUUGAGCCAACUUUCGUUGACAGCCCAUUGUACAAGGAUCAAGGUGUUGAUUUCUUCGCUAGCAAGGUUGAGUUGGGACCAGAUGGUGUUCAAAAGAUCUUGGAAGUCGGAAAGGUUGAUGCUGCUGAGGAGAAGUUGUUGGAGGCAUGCUUGGCCGAUUUGAAGAAGAACAUCGCAAAGGGUGUUGAAUUCGUCGCCAAGAACCCAGGAAACUAAACUCAAAAAAUCUCUCCAAAAAUCCCUAUGAUCAAUAGUCCGAAAAUACCCACCUUUCAACAAACCUCAAUUCCUGAAAUGAAUAUUACAAUGAAUCUUUGAGUUCCUCAAUUCCAAUGCAAUACUAGCGCUUUCUUUUCGCAUGUAUGUACACGUAUGAUGAAAUGAAGGAAUAUAGAUAAGAUUUCGAUUUUUUUGAUGAAUUCGAUGGAUAUAUGUUUGGUCAUGAUUUCAGCUCUUUGAUCUCAGGCAAUGUAUUAUGCAAGCGAUGUAAAAUUAUAAUGAAAUGACUCCUCUAUUA